AUGGAAGAUAGCGAGUUGGUGAUGCUGAUGAGGUCAUUGUUGGCCAAAGCACAAGAAGAAAUCAACACAACCAACACUUGGGAGGCGGAGGCAGAGGAGGUCCCCACCUUCACCGCCAUGUUGUCCUCCGCCGGCCUCAGCCUCCACUCCUUCCUAUCCACCACCGCCGCCCACGACGACCCUCUAGACCCAAACGCAAUGUCGGCCUCCUCCUCCCUAAUGCCCCUUCCCUUCUCUGAAUUCGCUCAAGACACCCUUAUAAAUACUACUCCCACCCACUCCCCCACCACCACCUUCAACUUCACAACCGCCGCCGAAGCCGACUACAUCCAGACCCAGAUGCAGAGCCCCAUCCUGAGGCUGCCCAAGCACGAACCCAUUUCCAAUUACCAAGACUACUUCCCAAUCCCAAGCCCAAGCAACACCAACGUUUCCACUUCUCCUCCAUUUUAUCAUCUCCAUCAACAACAAUACCAGUUUUAUAACAACCCACCUGAUCUCAACUUGGAGUUCACCAUGCACAGUGCUUCCAGUGCUACCACCACCCCCGUCCACCACCCUUCUCCGUAUGACUCCAUGAAUGACUGCUCUUCCAUCUUCCAUCACUUGCCAGAUCUCCUCCCUCUCGACCCAUUUAAUUCCCCCUACUCUUCUUCAUCUUCUUCCUCAUCUUACAAACGCCCUCGCCUCUUCGACCCUCCUCACUUCCAAAAUCUCCAUCUCUCUACCCCCCUCCCGCUAUUUCCACCUAACAACAAUACCCACAACGCCCUCUUGCCCUCUUCGUCUUCUUCACCAUACGAAAUUCCUGCUAAGCCUAGAACUAGGAAAAGGGGAACCCCAUCUCCAUCUCCAUCUCCAUCUCUAUCUCCGCACGCUAGCUCUCUGGCUCGUGGCCGGCGCCAGAAGCUCAGCGACAAGACUCGGUGCCUUGAGAAGCUGCUUCCUUUAGACAGAAAAAUGGACACCGCCACCGUUUUCGAAGAAGCCUACAAGUACGUCAAGUUCCUCCAGGCUCAGGUCACCGCGCUCCAAGCCAUGCCCGUCGUCACCCCCAACACCUCUUCUGCAAGCGCUACUGGUUUUGAUGAUGAUCAUCUUUCACCAAUGAGUAGCCGUACCACUGGUGGGCUCGACAGGCUGAGCCGCAACCAGCUUCUGCAGGUGUUGCUCAACUCUCCUGUGGCUCAGACCGUCAUGUACUCUCAAGGCUGCUGUGUCUUUUCCGUCGAGCAGUUGGCUAAGUUCAACUGUAGCAGGUCCUCCAGAGCCCCCAAUCUUCUCCGGCAUUACUAUCCCCAUCUCUUCUUCGAUUCUCACUCUCCCACAAACUAA